CACUUUUUGAUGUGAUAGUGAAAUAGUGAGCAUUUAUCAAAUAUGAUUGUGAUUGUAAUUGUUUGUGAUUGAUCUUAAUUGGGUUGUGAUAAGUGAUAAUAAGUUAAUGUAGUGAUGGACUCUAACUCGUGUUCAUAUGUGGCCACUCAGAGAGGAGGUGUCGCCCUAUUGUUUGAGGGCCACAGAUAUAAUAAGGUGAGGGAUGGCAAAGACGGCACUGUUUACUGGCGUUGUUCUCGAGAUAGACAAUGUCCGGGACGGGCCGUUACUGUAAAUAAUCGCGUAAAGAAAGCUAACAAUAAACACAAUCACCCGCCAGAGGCUGCCCUGAGAAACGGUACGGCCGGUUCAUCUUUAAUCUCGUCACCACACGUCCCAUCUAUUAGUGCUUCCACUUCUAAAGAUCGUAAUGAUGAGGGACUACUCGCCUCUAGUAUUGCUCUUCAAGAUGUUAUUGAAGCUCAGGCAGCGGCCGCCGCCGCUUUUCCAUCAAUAGUUACCGAAACUUUAAAAUACUUAGCAGUGGCCAGCGGUAACCCGCAAAUGGCUGCUGCAUUUGCCUCAUCUAUGGCCUCACUUAGUAAUCCUUCGUUGAAAAAUUUUAAUUAUUCACUCGGAUCUAGAAAUAUACCCCUCAAUUUUGGAGGUCUGCGCCCACUAUCUUAUUUUAUAUAG